GCUUAGUCUGAGCAUGGUCUGGAGUCAAGUGGUGGUGACAUCAUUGAAAUGACCUCAGCUGUGAUCACUGAUCAAUCUAGGGAAGUAGAUAUAGCUAGGCUCUGGCUUCUACAUUCUGUUGCAAAUUCUUUCCCGGAAACCAAAUAUAGUUCAUUUUCAGAUUGUACAAUCGAAUGAUUCGUGGACUUUGCGAUGUACUGAAGUUGUAGCAUAAGUUUAAAAUAUCUCGUUGUGCUUGGUUGUGCCAAUAUCGUUUCGGAAUAUGCACUGGUUGGCGAAAUAAAUUACAUUUACAAUAGCGGUGAAUAGCUUAUCGAUUGUAGAUUGAUGUUUCAUAUCAGGUAGCAGUUGUUUAAAAAAUGACCUCCUUCAAAUAUGUUAAGAAUCCUCAUUUACAUGGAAAGAAAUAUGAUGAGUUAUUUCAUCUUGGCUUAAGCACAGAAGAUGAUCUUAAGGGAAUUUUUGGUGAUGUGAAGUUUGUUUGCAUGGGAGGAAGUAUUAACAGAAUGAAGAAAUUUGCUAAUUUCAUCAAAGAGAAACUUCAACUUGCUGGUUUUGCAGGUGACAAGGAAGUUUCCAAUCUGAGUAGGACAGAUCGCUAUGUUAUUUAUAAGAUUGGCAAAGUGCUGACUGUUAGUCAUGGUAUUGGAGUUCCAUCCAUAUCUAUAGUUCUUAAUGAAAUCAUCAAGGUCCUCAGCUAUGCUGGUGCUAAUGAGGUGGUGUUCUUUAGAGUUGGAACUUCUGGUGGCCUAGGUACUGAACCCGGAACAGUUGUAAUAACAAAAAAAGCUGUGAAUGGAUCGAUGGAACCCAAGUAUGAAAAUAUGAUCCUUGGCAAGCGUUUUUAUUAUCCCAGUGACUUGGAUAGUAAGCUGGCAUCUCAAAUACAGUUUUGUUCUCAAACUGAUGUCGAUUUCCCUGUAAUCUAUGGAGAUACGAUGUGCGCAUCUGAUUUUUACGAAGGUCAAGCCAGAUUAGAUGGUGCUUUCUGCGAAUUCAAUGAACAGGAAAAAAUGACCUACCUUAAGGACAUUAAAAAGGCUGGAGUAUGUAACAUUGAAAUGGAAUCAUUGUGUUUCGCUGCAAUGUGUCGUAAAGCAGGAAUAUCUGCAGCAGUAGUUUGUGUGACUUUAGUGAAUAGAUUGAAAGAAGAUUGCGUUACUCUUUCUCCAGAAGAUCACGAAGAAUAUCAGCUCCGACCAAUGAAACUAAUCAUACCUUACAUAAUAAAUCAUCUUUUGAAGACACAAUAAAUAUGUGUAUUAUAGUCUUCCAAUGAUCCGUUGCGUUUAUAAUGUUUGAUUUAGCUUCUCUCAGUAAUUUCAUCUUUAUUAUUAGUAUUAUGACAUCUAUUUACCUUUAUGUUUGCUUUACCUUAACUGUACCUAUAUCCCUACGGCAAAUUGCUGUUUAUAUCCUCUAUCAAUGUACCUUUAUAUUUAUUUCAUUUUAUUGUAUCAAUAGUAUCGAUGUUCUUAUGUAUGUAUAUUUGUAUACUUAAUGUAACUCUAUCACUAUCUACCUUUAUAUUGCCUUACCUUAUACUGUAUCUUUAUUCCUACUGAAUUAAUAUCUUUAGCCCUGAUGUA